CUGCAACUCGUAGGGUACAAUAACUGUCUAAGUCCCUGUGUGCUUUUUACCCAUUCCCACACCGCUCUUUCCUAGACCAUGUAGCAACACAUUGAGGGCAGCUGAGCACAAGUCUCCUUCCAACUAAAUAUCCGCGAAGAAGGUCAAAUUUGGAUCAACUCAAAACAAAAUACAAAACACCUUUGACAAGAGUCAAAUCUCGAGCGAGCGGUUUCGCCUUUUAUUACUACGUACCGUACCGCUACCGGUACCGGCACCGCAAAAGAAGAAGGAUUGAAGAAGAAAAAAAAAAAAGAAGAGAGAGAAAGGGAGAGAGAGAAAGUGGCCAGGAAGAGGAAAAGAAAGGAAAGAAGGAAGAAAAAAAAAAAAACGCCCAACCCACGUUGCCCUUACAAAGGCUGAACUACCGUACACUCGCUGCGAGAAAGAGAAAAAGCCCUUCCCCACUUUUCUCACCCCUUCAUCAAUUGGUUUUUCAAAAAAAAAAAACUCUUCCCAAACAUCUCCUACCAUCAUUUAUACAUCUUCCCUCUACUCCCCCUCGUCAAUCCAUCUCAUGGCCGCCGCCGUAAAAGCAUCCCCCCCUCAUUCCUCUGCAUCCUCUGCAUCUUCAGCCUCUUCGCCAGAGCCGACGAUGAUGGCUCAGCAGGCCCAGUUUCCGACUCCCAGGCGGAAGGGUGGUAGAAAGCCGGUCUACGCAACCCAGGAAGAAAGGAAGAUGAGGAAUAGAGCUGCUCAGGCUGCUUUCCGCGAGAGACGAACCGAAUAUAUUAAGCAUCUGGAGGCAACUAUUAAACAUCAAGAGGAAAGCUUGUCUAGUUUGCAGCAAUCAUCACGGAAUGCCGCGGAUGAGGUGCUUAUGCUUCGUUACAAGAAUUCCUUGUUGGAAAGGAUACUGUUGGAGAAGGGGAUAAAUGUCGCUGCCGAGUUGAAGGCCUUUGCCCAAUAUGACGACAGACCACAACCAGCCGCACCUCAGCCGAUCCCGCGACCCAUACCCUCUCAAGCUCAACAGCAACAGGCGACCCUCCAACAACAACAGCAUAUGCAUAGACCAAUGAUGGCACAACCCCAACAGCAGCAAAAACGACCAUCUGUUAACCCUCCGCCCGAGUCGCUAUUCAUCAAGACUAGUCCUAUAAUGCCGCCAAACUCGCGCAAUAAUUCGCCGUCGAUUGCUAUCCCUACACCCCCGGAUGCGUCCGCGUACCAGAUCCCGCAGAGUGUAGUCACGACACCUACGGCUCCUUCGGAAUUUCAACACCCAGGGAUUCCAAUGCAGAAUUUUUAUCCCUCGCCUUACCAGGCACAUAUGGAAGAGCUCGGCAAGCUACCCCGCAGCAGGAAUAUGACGCCGAAUUACUCGAGAGCACAGAAGACGACACUCAAAGCGGACUCGAAAAUCAAUCUGCAACGGCAGACGGGGUUGGCGGUGAAAUGA